AUGAAGUUUGUUGGGACUACAAGCAGCUUUAUAGUCCGGUAUUGGGCUAAACAUAUCACUCCUCCCAUCGCAGCACGAUACAUCGGUACUCCUCUUCAUCCGAUUCGACCUAAAAUCCUUCACAUGUGCGCACAUCGGUCAAAAGAUCUAUUGUGGUGGCGGGUAUCAGUGAGCCAGCUCAAUGGGAACAAACGAGUGAUUCGUUCUUGGUGUGCGCGCAGAGUGCGGAUUGCAUUCGAGGGGGCAUUAAGGCAACAAGGAUUGGAUACCGAUGGGAGACCCCUGCCCGGCACAUCUUCGCGGAAGAAUAAUCUGGCGGGAUCCAUGGAGGUUUACGUUCAAUCCCCCUGUAUGACACAAAGCUUUGAGGAGAUCCAGAAGGGUGCAAACCAACUCAUAUCUGAACUCGUCGCUCAUGAAUCAGCACAGGAGGAAGUUGAGGCCCCGAAAAUCCCUUCGAAACGAUAA